UAGCCCUUUUAAUACGUCUCCAACAUUGACUUCCUAGCCUCGGGAAAAUCAUCAAAGACCCAAGAGAGGGACGGGGGCAGCAAUUACAGGAUAUCGUUGAAGAAGAGGAGGGAGGAAAGUACAAUGCAAAUAGAUCUCUCUUUGAAGAUAGAGGAUGGAGAAAGAGAAGGUGAUGAAGAAAGAGAGCAAGAAGAAGAAGCGGUGGAAGGAGAAGAACUGGUAGCCGAUGAAGAGCUGGAAGCAAAUGCCAAGAAGGAAGAGAGCCUAAAAGACGAGGAAGAUCAAACUGAAGAAAAGACCAUGGGCGGAAAUUUGGUGACAGAUGAGUUAUGCAUAUUAAAAAAUGAGAUGGAUCACAUGAAGGAGGAGAACAAGUUUCUAAGGAUGGUUGUUGACCGCACCAUGAAAGAUUAUUACGACCUACAGAUGAAGUUUGCAGCCAUCCAACAACAGGAUCUGCCAAAAGAGCAUCGAGUCUUUCUUUCGCUUGGAGGAGAAGGUUCUCAAGUUCUGAAGAGGACUUGUGAGUGCGUCGAGGAUAAGGAGCGGAUAAAACCAUUCCUAGCUCAUCAAGGAAGCGAGAUUAGUGAAAGAAAGGAUUUGGAGUUAUCUUUGAGGUUGCAAAACUUUGUUGACCCACAUGGAAGAGAAGAACCGAGUCAAGAAAAAGGGAAGGGACUUAGGAGAUGGACACCAGUCGACACUAGGCUCCAAACUGAUGAACCGGCCGGGAUCGUGAGCCAAAGUAUCAAUCCAACGAAUAGGAAAACUAGGGUUUCGGUUAGAGCGAGAUGUCACGGUCCUACUCUGAACGAUGGUUGCCAAUGGAGAAAAUAUGGGCAAAAGGUUGCAAAAGGGAACCCAUGUCCAAGAGCAUACUACCGCUGCACGGUUGCACCAGGAUGCCCCGUUAGAAAGCAGGUUCAGAGAUGCCGUGAAGACAUGUCAAUACUUGUUACAACCUAUGAAGGGACACAUAACCAUCCCCUACCUGUUGGUGCAACAGCCAUGGCUUCCACCACCACAGCAGCAGCAACUUUCAUGUUACCAUCUGGCACGAGUUCUUCGUCAUCAGUAUCUGAUAGCAUCUCAAACCAGAUGCCCUUGUCCUACCUCAGCCCAUAUCUAGUAAAUCCUUCUUAUCAUUCGUCAACAAUUGAUAGUUUUGCAAACUUCUCAAGCUCUUCAAGCUUCUUAGAUCUGAUCGGCAACAAUAACCUUGGUCAGCAACACCUCUCUGAAACCCCUCAUCACAAACCUAAUUUGAAGUAUCCAUGGUCUGCAACCCCCUGUCCAAAUGAAAGUAGUUCUGUUGGAAGCUUUUUGAGGGAGCAACUAAAGCGGCCUUGAACUACGAGGAAGCGAAUUCAGUAGUGGAUAAUGUUAGCGUUAUUUAUUCAGACCCAACAUUUAUAGUAGCUUUUGUAGCUGCCGUUACCUCAUUCACCAACAACGAUAACGAGGGCGUAAAAAACCUUGGAUAUACUUUGGUUCACAAGGAUGGAGAGAGUACUGUAAAGCUAGCAAUAAAUGGGUGAUCGAGCCCCUCAAGCUGCAGUGAACAUUUUAGAUUUAUGUUGCUUACACAAAUUCAACGAAGGUGCUUUUGUACUUUAGCUCUAUAUGACAUUGUUUGCACUAGAUAAUUGCUUUGGUUUUGUGCUCCA